CAACAUGGCUGCCACCCUUCGGCCCCUGGAACGAGCUCUGCGGCAGGCGCCCGGGCCUUGCGUGCGUCCCCGGGUGACAGGGGCGGGUUCGGCCUGCUGCCGCCGCGCCCUCGGAGCUAAAAGAUACCUACUUACAGAUAGCAUUAUGAAAUUAAAAGAAUUUCAACAUAAGAAGAUGGCUAUUGCAUACAAUCUUACUGGCACCAAAGAAAGCUAUUUUAGAAACUUGGAAGAGAAAUUGACCCAAAACAAACUCCUCUUGAAGGAAGAGUUGAAAAACUUACUUCAUUUGUGUCAGACACGGGAAGAUGUGGAACUAGCUAAAAAUGUCAUUUACAGGUACCACGCAGAAAACAGAAACAUCACUGUGGGGGAGUAUAAGUUUGGCCCCGUUUUCAUGAGGCUGUGUUACGAGUUGGAUCUUGAGGACUCUGCAGUGAAGCUCAUCAAAGACCAGCAUUUACGAGGUUUCUUCUCAGACUCAACAUCUUUCAAUAUUCUGAUGGAUAUGCUAUUUAUCAAAGGCAAAUAUAAAAGUGCUUUGGAAGUAUUGAUUGAAAUGAAGAAUCAAGAUGUGAAGCUCAGCAAAGACAGCUACGUCCUUGCUUUUGCAAUUUGCUACAAACUGAAUAGCCUCGAAUCUUUUAAAAUCUGUACUACGUUAAGAGAAGAAGCCCUGCUUAAAGGAGACGUCCUCUCCAGGAGAGCAUCGUGUUUUGCUGUGGCACUGGCUCUGAAUCAGAACCAGAGAGAAAAAGCCGUGUCUAUUUUUUCUCAAAUCAUGACUCCCGAGAGUAUAACCUGCACUAAUUUAAAUGUUAUCAUCCAUAUCCAGUCAAAUAUGUUGGAAAGCCUGAUAAAGAUACUACAGGACGCUGCCGAAGGCAAUAUAUCAAAAUUUGUGAAAAGACCCAUGUUCUCAGAGGAAGUGCUGGCAAAAGUGAGGGAAAAGGUGAAGGACAACCCCACCCUGAUGGGCAAGUUUGAGGAGAUCUAUGGGAAACUGCACAUCAAUGGCCAAAUCACCACUUACACCUUAGAUGCAAUUCUCUGCCACACCCCCGGGGACAGGAAACCGCACACAUUGUGGUUAAACCGGAGGACAGUCAGCCGCCGGACCUUUCAACCCCUCAGCCACUCUCUACUGGCCGAGUAACUAUUCUAAGCCUUCUUAUGUGUCCAAUGAACUUGAAUUAUCCUCUCCUCCAAGAAGAGGAGGAGGGCACUAUGAUAACCCUUGGUCUGCUCCCUAAGUCCCACGUUCAUUGAGUGGUGACCAGCAUGCUGAAUAGAGAGGUUAUGGUGUGCCUCUGUAAAGAUCUAGAUCAAGGAAGGAAAGCUCUCCUCCCUCAGAAAGGAUGCUUUCAAGCAUCAGCUGCUAAGCAACGAACACAUCUCCAGAUCCAGUGCAUAUCAGCAAGAAGCAAUUUACCCUACAAAUGUGAUCAACCUUGACGGGCCCUUCAAGGGAGUCAUGACUUUGGAGUUAUACCCUUGCUGAAUUCAGGAGGUCUGAAACCUGUUCUCCCAUGUUGGGAACUAGCCAAGGAUUUCCUCACUUGUGACCCUCAGCAAAGUCCCUGAAGCCUUCAGAUUUCCAUCUGCAAAAUGAUAUUGCCAAUGUGUUCAUAUAUGACUUGAAAUCUUCAUUCAGGGGUCAAUAGGUCAGUGUCUUUAUAAUACGAGAAAUAUAAAGGAACCCGAGCAAACAUCUUGAGAGUGCGUUUUUUUCUUUUCUUGGUACACAAGCAAAACUAGAAUUUGUCUUUCAGAGCUAAGAAGUGUGCUAAAUUUAAGUGAUCGUACUUUGGUCACGGGUAUGCUGUGUGUUUUUCAAAGUAAAUGCCAGUAAACAACGUGUACUUAU